GUGGUGGUGCUGGUAGUGAGGAAGAGGAUGAUGAAGCUGGAGCGGAGGAUGGGAGGAAGAGUGGCGUGAGACACACGCAGGCUGGCUGCUGACUCGAGGACCUCGCGGACACGCGCGUGUGUUAAACGCGUGAGUGACUGGGACUUUCAGAAGGACUUAAUUAUUGGACUGAGACAAAGAGACACGUUUGAAGCGUCCUGACGGAAAGUUGAAACUUUUCGGCGCCUCCACAGCUCGCGCUGCUACCGCGCCGGUCCCGGCUUUUGUCUCUACACAGCGGAGCGCGACGGCGGUUCAUGCAGGAGUGAGAAUCAACAUCCGCCUGAUUUUUUUUUUUUUUUAAAUAUCACACCAGAGCCGAAGCGGUCGGUGUGUGUUUGCGGGGGAGGGGUGAGAGAGAAUGGCGGCCAACAUGUACCGCGUCGGAGAUUACGUGUACUUUGAGAACUCAUCCAGUAAUCCCUAUCUGAUCCGUCGAAUAGAAGAACUCAACAAGACGGCCAAUGGAAAUGUAGAAGCCAAGGUCGUGUGUCUCUUCAGGAGGAGAGAUAUAUCUAGCAAUCUCAACACUCUGGCUGACAGCAAUGCUAGAGACUUUGAGGAGGAGUCCAAGCAGCCAACAAUCAGUGAUCAACAGAAACACCAGCUUAAACACAGAGAACUGUUCCUGUCCCGACAGUUUGAGUCUCUUCCUGCCACACACAUACGAGGGAAAUGUAACGUCACACUUCUGAAUGAGACUGACGUUUUAACAGGCUACCUAGAGCGUGAAGACUGUUUCUUCUACUCAUUGGUGUUUGACCCAGUUCAGAAAACCCUGCUGGCUGACCAGGGCGAGAUCAGGGUGGGCUCUAAAUAUCAGGCUGAGAUCCCUGACAAAUUGGCGGAAGGGGACUCGGACAAUCGAGUACAGGAGAAACUGGAGACGAAGGUGUGGGAUCCAGAUAACCAGCUGAAGGACUCUCAGAUAGAUCAGUUCCUGGUGGUGGCCCGGGCUGUGGGGACUUUUGCCCGUGCCUUAGACUGCAGCAGCUCCAUCCGCCAGCCAAGUCUGCACAUGAGUGCUGCAGCUGCAUCCAGAGACAUCACCCUGUUCCAUGCCAUGGACACACUGCAGAAGAACGGUUAUGACUUGGCCAAGGCCAUGUCCACGCUGGUGCCGCAGGGCGGUCCUGUGCUCUGCCGCGAUGAGAUGGAAGAGUGGAGCGCCUCGGAAGCCAUGUUGUUCGAGGAAGCACUAGAGAAAUACGGAAAGGAUUUCAACGACAUUCGCCAGGACUUCUUGCCUUGGAAGUCGUUAGCCAGUGUUGUUCAAUUCUAUUACAUGUGGAAAACCACAGACCGUUACAUCCAGCAGAAAAGACUGAAGGCAGCAGAAGCAGACAGUAAACUGAAACAGGUUUACAUCCCCACCUACACCAAGCCCAACCCGAACCAGAUUAUGGCUCCUGGUAACAAACCCGGCAUGAAUGGAGCUGCAGGCUUUCAGAAAGGCCUGUGCUGUGAGAGCUGCCAUACUGCUCAAUCUCCACAGUGGUAUGCUUGGGGUCCUCCUAACAUGCAAUGUCGACUCUGCGCCUCUUGCUGGAUUUACUGGAAGAAAUAUGGUGGGCUGAAGACACCCACUCAGUUAGAGGGCGCAACAAGAGCUGGCUCGGAUGCACCCUCACGUAGUCACAUGACUCGUCAGGAAGUGCAGGGCAUGUCCCCGUUUACCAAUAGCGCAGGUAGAGCCAAACUUUUGGCUAAAAAUCGGCAGACGUUUAUUCUGCAGACCACCAAGCUGACCCGCAUCGCUCGUCGAGUGUGCCAGGAUAUUCUGCAAUCACGCCGUGCUGCCCGCCGUCCUUAUGCAUCGAUCAACGCCAAUGCUGUCAAAGCAGAGUGUAUGAUCAGACUCCCUAAAGUGGCAAAAAGUGCUAUAAAGAACCGCCCUGUUCCACGACCAUCUCUCGUUAACAUAGUCAAAGAAUUGGCUGUCCAGGCUCCCCUUAAACUCAAAGCUCCUAGAGGUGCUCCCACCCCAAUCAACCGUAACCAGGCCAACCAACCCCGCAGUGCAACCGCCCUGCUUGGCAAGAGACCCUUUGAUAGUGGGGGAGGACACUCAUUCUCCACCAAUGGGAGGCCCUUUAUGAGCGGCAUGAGGACAACCACCCAGUCGGUCAUAAAGCGCCAGAGAGUUAGUCAGGCAGAUGCCCCAAAUCCUGUAGUCUUUGUGGCUACUAAAGAAACCAGGGCCCUGAGGAAACACCUUUCUCAGGCUGAGAUGAGACGAGCAGCUAGGAAACCCAACAUCCCUGUCAGAGUGAAAAUUCCCCUGCCACCACGGCCAAUUCCUGUCCCCGUUCUGCCCUCUAGCACCAGUGAGCCAAUCGUGCUGGAGGACUAAUGACAUUUUUCUUUUAGGCCGCAUCACCUCGCAUAACCCCAUCUUUCUGACCUCCAUUCUUUUUUUUUUUCCCCCCCCUCCUCCCCGCCUUUAUUCUCCACAAAAAAAAAAAAUCUGUGUGCUGUCUUCCCAUCUCAUUCAUUUUUUUUCUUUAUCUUACAAAUAUCCUUUUUUUUUUUUUUUUUUUUUUUAAACCUGGCCAUAUCUAUUUUCUAUCAUUUCUUGUUCACUUUUCCAUGUGGUCAUUCAUCCUAGGAGCUUUAUAAAGAAACGUAUGCACACGGAUGAGCUUACGCCCCACGUAAUCACACAGCAGCACACAUCAGGCUUUCAUCAUGGACUCUGUAGUGUUUUAUUCUUGUAGUAUUGUUUAUUCUUCCUUCCUUCCCUUCCUUUUUUUUUUUUAAAUGGCGAAUAUUUUUAACUGUGUAAUUUAAAUCUGAUAACAACAUGAAAUGAUGGUGAUAAAGCACACUUUAUUUUUGUCCUCCAGGUCUAUCUUUAUUUGUGUAAAUAUUAACAUUUUUCAGGAGUGAUAUCUUUAAUGCUGGUGUGGUAAGGGGGGUUGGGGUUUUUGGAGCGGGAGGGAUGGGUGGGAAGUCUGGCAUGUCUAUUUGUUCUUUCUCUUUGUUUAAACAAAUUCAGUCUGUAAGUGCUCCUUUUCUUCACACUAUAGUCAGUCUAAUGAUCGGAAACCUGUAGUGUUUCAUUUAGUGGCUUUGUUCUGAUCGCCCCGAUCUGAAUAGUCCUACUAGACCACAGGGAGCAGGAUGGCAUCAGGGUCAGCUCUACUCCAUGUGACCUGGAUCGGUGGAUUGACGUUCAGGAUGGCUUUUAUUUACAGGCCCCUUUCUCCUCUCCGUUUUCUUAUUCACGCUGUGAUUUCCUCAUUUCUCUGUAAUAAGAAACAACACGUUUGAUGUACGCUGAUGUGUUGGAGACACUUGUUUGAAAUGCUUUCUAAGUGCAAACGGUGACAGAAUGCUGAUAGCCCCUCAUCAAUAUAGAUCAAGGUAAAAGGUGUUAGAAUGAAGUAGCGGGAGGGAGCAGGGUGGGUUGAGGUUGAUCAGAGAAACUCUGUGGCAGCUUCUGGUUCUUCAGGGUGGGUUUUUUUAAUAUAAAGUUUUUUUCUUACCAGUAAAUGGUUGGUCUCACAAUCAUUUCAGCCUCUGCCUCAUUUUUGGUCUUUUUAUUUCUUGCCCUUUGUAUCUAUGAAAUAAUAAACCAAGCCAUACAGUUUUAACUUUUCAGUUGUGUUUGCCAAGAGGGUCAGAACUUGGUGUUAAUCCAGUGGCUUUUUUUUUUACAAAAUGGCACUGCCUGUACGGUAAUGUAGUGACUAGAUAAUGUAGUUAGAAAAGUAAGAAAGGACAUGUUUCUUUGACUGUGAUUGUAAGAUUGGAUUCUUAGUAAUGGCUCGAAUAGGUUUUAGACUGCUUUGAUAUUGAAUCAUGUCCUCAUUUAUGGUUUCAUUUGUGCUUUUUAAUGAAUGAAUGGAUGGAUGGAUGAGUGAAUGACUCAUUCACUGGGUGAUUUUUGUCAACCACUGAAUGAGCUCUAAACAAUGUUCCUUUGUAUAUUGUUUUUCCCUCCAACCCUAGUGUUGGGAUUUUUGUAAGGUUUCUUAAACUGAGUGUGCACCGCACACUAAAAUUUAAAAUAAACAUUGACCUGUCCACCAAAA